UCCAAUGCCUGAUGACCUGGUGCCCGCUGUCGAACCAGAUGACCCGGUACUCGCUGUCGAGCCAGAUGACCUGAUGCCAGAAGACCCGGUGCCCGCUGUCGAGUUUGACGACCCGAUGCCCGCAGUCUUGCCAGAUGACUCGGUGCCCGCUGUCUUUCCAGAUGACUCGGUGCCCGCAGUCGAACUUAAAGACCCGAUGCCCACUGUUUUGCCAGAUGACUCGGUGCCCGCUGUCUUGCCAGAUGACUCGGCGCCCGCUGUGUUGCCAGAUGACUCGGUGCCCGCAGUCUUGCCAGAUGACUCGGUGCCUGCUGUCUUGCCAGAUGACCCGGUGCCCACUGUCUUGCCAGAUGACUCGGUGCCC